UCUCCCUUCUCACUAGAAACCACUAGAAACCUCUCCCUUCUCACUAUAAAAAACCCUAGAAAAUCUGAUCAGAUUUUUUCACAUAUUCUCGUCGGAAUCUUGUCCGAUCGUUAACCUCUUGCCGGCGAUCGAAAGCUAGAAGGUAGGGGAAGGUCCGGGGGGACCUUCACCCCGGCAAAUGUCACAAGAGAAGGGCCCGAUGGCCUCAAAACCGCCGGAGUCUAACUCUGUCUCGCAUUCAUUAGGAGACAACCUGGACGCGCAACCACCAUCGGACUAUCUUGAUGACGCUGAGGUCGGAAGAAGGAUGGAAGAUGGCCACAGAGAGUCGAUUCAAUACGUUCGAUCGCAUCAUCAAGCAUCGGAAAGGGAGGUCAAAGCUAAGAUAGAGAAAUCUGCGAAGGAAGGAAACUCGAGCUCUAUUGCGAAUGAAGGGAACACGGAGAUAGCUUCUGGGAGUGAAAUUCCGACUGUGGGGGACGGAAAGGCACAAGGGAAAGGGCUAAAGAGCUCUGGGGAUCCAUCGACAUCAAAGAUGAAGGAAUCAGAGAACUUGGGAGCAAAACAAGUAGCAGGUAAACCUAACCCUCUACCUGUUCGAGAAAAUGCCUCUAAGGCCAGAGGUAACUUCAAUCCAGAAGUUGAAGCUUAUAGAAGAGCCUUGAAGACUUGGGCAAGUUGGAUCGAUGAACAUCUGAAACAGAAAAAGUUGGUUUUCUAUCGAGGGUACUCAUCUGCUCAUUUCAGGAACCCGAACGUGUUUAAGUUGCAGAGGAUAAUUAUUAUUCAUCAUCAAAAGAGAAGAGAAGAAGAAAGAACUCAAAUGCAGGUUCAAAUGCAAGCUCAAAUUGCAAGUUUGAUGGAAGAGUUGCGUCGCAAUGGCAUGUUAUCCAAUCCAAGCACUCAAGCUCAACAUUCGGCUAAUUCAAAUGAUGAAACCUUAGGAGAUGAUUUGAUUAUGUUUAUUAAUAUAUUUGGUACUGUUCUAAUGAUGUAACAUUAUACUACAACACUUUUGUUGUUGCUAUUCACUUUGAAUGCUUAUAGUAUAUUUUAU